AUGAGUGAUGGAUCUCAAGUCCUUGCGCGAGUCCCUAAUCCCAAUUCUGGCAUGCCUCACUUUACGACUGCUAGUGAAGUUGCUACCAUGGAUUUUGCUAGAAAUGUACUUGGCAUUCCAGUUCCUAAGGUGCUUGCCUGGAACUCUAAUGCAUCAAAAAGUCCAGUUGGAGCCGAGUACAUUGUCAUGGAGAAGGCGGCGGGUACUUCUCUUAAAGAAAUCUGGCCUCGUUUGACAAGUGAAGAAAAAACGGAUAUUGUUCAGGCCAUUGUUAAUCUUGAUGUUAAGCUGUUGAAUAAUCCUCUCCAGGGUAUUGGCUCUCUCUAUUACCCGGAAGACAUUCCAACAGGGACCAAACAUUUGCCAGCCUUCGAAAAUGGUCGCUGGGUUCUUGGUCCAAUCACAGAUCGACGCUUCUUUGAUGAUCUUAAAGGAGAACUUCUGUUAGAUCGCGGUCCUUGGAAAACUACGAAAGAGUUCAUUGUGGCAGUGUGCCAUCGGGAAAUGAAGGCCAUCCAGAAUCCACGGCGGCCUCUUCGACCUGAAGGGAUUGUUGGUCCUGGAGGGUAUAAACCCGACCAUGCUCUUAAACUUUCAGUGUGCCAUGAUUUCCUCAAAGUGGCUGAAUAUAUUCUGCCAGCAGAGAGCUGCCAAGUCCCUGUUCUGUGGCAUAAUGACCUUCAUCUGGAUAAUAUCUUUGUAGCUCCUGAGAGACCUACCGAAAUUGUUGGAUUAAUCGAUUGGCAGAAUGCUCAUGUCACCCCUUUAUUUGACCAAGUUACACAUCCUGCUUUUCUGGCAUACAAAGGACCAAUGUGUGGUGAAGGUUUGGUGGCGCCUUCUUUACCGGAGAAUUUUGAAGAUCUGGAUGAAGAUGGAAAAGCCAAAGCGAAAGAAUUGCUUAUCGCACAAAGCCUCUAUAAAUUCUACGAGGCUUUCUCGGCUGAAAUGAACUUACCUGCCUAUCAUGCGCUGCGCUACCAGGAAACAAUGAAAGGACAAGCUGUUGGUCUUGCUGGUGUGAUUAUGAACGAUGGAGAAGUACCCCUACAGGGCCUGCUGAUGAAGAUUGCCAGCCUUUGGGAUCAACUUAUUAUAAAAAAGAAUGUUCCAUGCCCUCUGGAAUACUCAAGUGAAGCUAUUGAGCAGCAGAAGGAGUUGGAAUUGAAGUGGGCAGAAGGCAUGGCGCGGAUGAGUGAUGUGCUGGAAGCCUUAGGCGGAGCUGUCCGCGGGUGGGAAGGUUGGGUGAGCCAUGAAGAUUAUGAGCAACUCAAGCAAAAACUUGACCUUUGUCGGGAGCAGUUUAUUGAGUACUAUGCAGGUGGUGAUAAAGAAUCAGCUGACGCCUGGGCUAAAGCCUGGCCUUUCAAAUGA